AUGGCCACGGCGGCCUCUAACCCCUACCUGCCGGGGAAUAGCCUGCUAGCGGCCGGCUCCAUCGUCCACUCGGACGCGGCGGGGGCCGGCGGCGGCGGCGGCGGCGGCGGCGGGGGCGGCGGCGGCGGCGGCGGGGCGGGCGGCGGCGGCGGUGGCAUGCCGCCCGGCAGCGCCGCCGUGACCUCGGGUGCCUACCGGGGGGACCCGGCCUCUGUCAAGAUGGUGCAGAGCGACUUCAUGCAGGGGGCCAUGGCCGCCAGCAACGGCGGCCAUAUGCUGAGCCACGCGCACCAGUGGGUGACGGCCCUGCCCCACGCCGCCGCCGCCGCCGCGGCCGCCGCCGCCGCCGCCGUGGAGGCGAGCUCGCCGUGGUCCGGCAGCGCCGUGGGAAUGGCCGGCAGCCCCCAGCAGCCGCCGCCGCCGCCGCCGCCACCGCCGCCCCAGGGCCCCGACGUGAAGGGCGGCGCGGGGCGCGACGACCUGCACGCGGGCACCGCGCUGCACCACCGCGGGCCGCCGCACCUCGGGCCGCCGCCGCCUCCGCCGCCGCCGCACCAGGGCCACCCCGGGGGCUGGGGGGCCGCCGCCGCCGCCGCCGCCGCUGCCGCCGCCGCCGCCGCCGCCGCGCACCUCCCGUCCAUGGCCGGGGGCCAGCAGCCGCCGCCGCAGAGCCUGCUCUACUCGCAGCCCGGGGGCUUCACGGUGAACGGCAUGCUGAGCGCGCCCCCGGGGCCGGGAGGUGGCGGCGGCGGCGGCGCGGGCGGCGGCGCCCAGAGCCUGGUGCACCCGGGGCUGGUGCGCGGGGACACUCCCGACCUGGCCGAGCACCACCAUCACCACCACCACCACGCGCACGCGCACCCGCCGCACCCGCACCACGCGCAGGGACCCCCGCACCACGGCGGCGGCGGCGGCGGCGGCGCGGGGCCCGGACUCAACAGCCACGACCCGCACUCGGACGAGGACACGCCGACGUCCGACGACCUGGAGCAGUUCGCCAAGCAGUUCAAGCAGCGGCGCAUCAAGCUGGGCUUCACGCAGGCCGACGUGGGGCUGGCGCUGGGCACCCUGUACGGCAACGUGUUCUCGCAGACCACCAUCUGCCGCUUCGAGGCCCUGCAGCUGAGCUUCAAGAACAUGUGCAAGCUCAAGCCGCUGCUGAACAAGUGGCUGGAGGAGGCGGACUCGAGCACCGGCAGCCCCACGAGCAUCGACAAGAUCGCGGCGCAGGGCCGCAAGCGCAAGAAGCGGACCUCCAUCGAGGUGAGCGUCAAGGGCGCGCUCGAGAGCCACUUCCUCAAGUGCCCCAAGCCCUCUGCGCAGGAGAUCACCAACCUGGCCGACAGCCUGCAGCUCGAGAAGGAGGUGGUGCGGGUCUGGUUCUGCAACCGGCGCCAGAAGGAGAAGCGCAUGACGCCGCCCGGGAUCCAGCAGCAGACGCCUGACGACGUCUACUCGCAGGUGGGCACCGUGAGCGCCGACACGCCGCCGCCGCACCACGGGCUGCAGACAAGCGUGCAGUGA